AUGCCUUUAAUAAAUCCGCCACUCAUUUCAAAGAUUCCUUCUACCAAACCGGACACUAGAACUUUACCGCGGAUACUCUGCCUGCACGGCGGUGGGGUCAAUGCAGCAAUCUUCGAAGCGCAAUCACGCUCACUCAUACGACACCUGCAACAUUCCUUCCGUCUUGUAUGGGCUGAUGCACCUUUCUUCUGCGAUCCUCAUGCCGACGUCAUUGACGUAUAUGGGUCCUACGCGCCUUUCCGUCGCUGGUUGAGAUGGUUGCCGGAACACGCCGAAAUAGACGCGGAAAGCUGCAUUGAAGAGGUUGGAUACGCGAUGCGAACCGCAAUGGAAGACGACGACAGAGAAGGUGGCGCAGGAGAGUGGGUGGGCCUGAUGGGGUUCAGUCAGGGUGCGAAGCUGUCUGCAAGUCUAUUGCUGGAGCAGCAAGCAAGAGAAGCAAAAGCAGGAAGAGAAGGACGAAGCAUCGAAGCCGGCCUUACACAGGUUUCAGAUCUGCAUUGGAGAUUUGGUAUCUUACUUGCAGGGAGAGCACCGCUGAGUAACUUGAAUCCAAACGUCUUGGAUAGCCCGGCGUUGGUGAGCGCAGCAGAUCUGUCCGAGGGGUUCCAGUUUUGCAAAGAGGUGGAUGGAGAUGCAAUGUUGUCCAUGCCAACGCUGCAUGUUCAUGGCAUGGCUGACGCGGGGCUGCAUUUGCACAAGAGGCUGUUACACGAGUACUGCUCGCAAGACUCCACAAAGCUGGUAGAGUGGGAAGGCGCGCAUCGAAUACCCCUAAAAAGCAAGGACGUAGACAGAGUUGUGGGUGCGAUAUAUGACCUCGCAGAAAGCACCGGAGUCAAGGUGACGAGGACAGUAUAG